AUGGAGCUCUCGGAUGUGCACUGCCUUAGCGGCAGCGAGGAACUCUACACCAUCCACCCGACGCCCCCGGCCGGCGACGGAGGGAGCGGCUCCCGGCCGCAGCGGCUGCUAUGGCAGACGGCGGUGCGGCACAUCACCGAGCAGCGCUUCAUCCACGGGCACCGGGGCGGCGGCGGCGGGGGCUCACGCAAAGCCUCGAACCCUGCAGGCAGCGGACCCAACCACCACGCGCCGCCGUUGUCUGGCGAUUCGACGCUGCCCCUCUAUUCUCUGGGCCCCGGAGAGCGAGCGCACAAUACCGGCGGCACCAAAGUCUUCCCGGAACGCAGCGGGAGCGGCAGUGCCAGUGGCAGCGGGGGCGGGGGCGACCUGGGCUUCCUGCACCUUGACUGUGCCCCGAGUAACUCGGAUUUCUUCCUCAAUGGGGGCUACAGCUACCGUGGGGUCAUAUUCCCUACCCUACGCAACUCCUUCAAGUCUCGGGAUCUGGAGCGCCUCUACCAACGCUAUUUCCUGGGCCAGAGGCGCAAAUCCGAGGUAGUUAUGAACGUGCUGGAUGUACUAACCAAACUCACCCUCUUGGUCCUCCACUUGAGCCUGGCCUCGGCCCCCAUGGACCCACUCAAGGGCAUCCUGCUGGGAUUCUUCACCGGCAUCGAGGUGGUGAUCUGCGCCCUGGUGGUGGUCAGGAAGGACACCACGUCGCACACCUACCUGCAAUACAGCGGAGUGGUCACUUGGGUAGCUAUGACCACCCAGAUUCUGGCAGCGGGCCUGGGCUAUGGGCUUCUGGGAGACGGCAUAGGCUACGUGCUCUUUACACUCUUCGCCACCUACAGCAUGCUUCCCCUGCCGCUCACCUGGGCCAUCCUGGCGGGCCUGAGCACAUCGCUGCUGCAAGUCACCCUUCAAGUGCUCAUACCCAGGCUUGCGGUCUUUUCAAUCAAUCAGGUCCUGGCCCAGGUGGUGCUAUUCAUGUGCAUGAACACAGCUGGGAUCUUCAUCAGUUACCUGUCGGACCGCGCCCAGCGCCAGGCCUUCCUGGAGACACGGAGGUGUGUGGAGGCCAGGCUACGCCUGGAGACAGAGAACCAAAGACAGGAGCGGCUUGUGCUGUCUGUGCUUCCCAGGUUCGUCGUGCUAGAAAUGAUCAAUGACAUGACCAACGUGGAGGAUGAGCACCUGCAGCAUCAGUUCCACCGCAUCUACAUCCAUCGCUAUGAGAAUGUCAGUAUUCUUUUUGCAGAUGUCAAAGGAUUCACCAACCUCUCUACGACCUUGUCCGCUCAGGAGCUGGUCAGGAUGCUCAACGAGCUCUUUGCCAGAUUUGACCGGCUGGCCCAUGAACAUCAUUGUCUUCGUAUUAAAAUCCUGGGGGACUGCUACUACUGCGUGUCUGGACUGCCUGAGCCCCGCCAGGACCACGCCCAUUGCUGCGUUGAAAUGGGCCUCAGCAUGAUCAAAACCAUCAGGUAUGUGAGAUCCAGAACGAAGCAUGAUGUUGACAUGAGAAUUGGAAUCCACUCAGGCUCCGUGCUAUGUGGCGUGUUGGGCCUGAGGAAGUGGCAGUUUGAUGUCUGGUCUUGGGAUGUGGACAUUGCAAACAAACUUGAAUCUGGAGGGAUCCCUGGGAGAAUUCACAUUUCCAAAGCCACACUGGAUUGCCUCAAUGGUGACUACAAUGUGGAAGAGGGCCACGGUAAAGAGAGGAAUGAGUUCUUGAGGAAGCAUAAUAUAGAGACCUAUUUGAUUAAGCAGCCUGAGGAGAGCUUGCUGUCAUUGCCUGAAGACAUAGUCAAGGAGUCGGUGAGCUCCUCAGACAGGAGGAACAGCGGGGCUGCCUUCCCAGAAGGAUCCUGGAGCCCAGAACUGCCUUUCGACAACAUCGUGGGCAAACAGAAUACUCUGGCUGCCCUAACAAGAAAUUCAAUAAAUCUGCUUCCAAACCAUCUCGCACAAGCUUUGCAUGUCCAGUCUGGGCCUGAGGAAAUUCACAAGAGAAUAGAGCAUACCAUCGACUUGCGGAGUGGCGAUAAGCUGAGAAGAGAGCAUAUCAAGCCAUUCUCACUGAUGUUUAAAGACUCCAGCCUGGAGCACAAGUAUUCUCAAAUGAGAGAUGAAGUUUUCAAGUCAAACUUGGUCUGUGCAUUUAUCGUUCUUCUGUUCAUCACUGCGAUUCAAAGUUUGCUUCCUUCUUCGAGGCUGAUGCCAAUGACCAUCCAGUUCUCCAUUCUGAUCAUGCUGCACUCCGCUCUGGUCCUCAUCACCACAGCAGAGGACUAUAAGUGUCUGCCCCUCGUCCUCCGCAAAACCUGCUGUUGGAUUAAUGAAACGUAUCUGGCCCGGAACGUCAUCAUCUUCGCUUCCAUCCUGAUUAAUUUCCUGGGAGCAGUCAUAAAUAUCCUGUGGUGUGAUUUUGACAAGUCGAUACCCUUGAAGAACCUGACUUUCAAUUCCUCAGCUGUGUUUACAGAUAUCUGCUCCUACCCAGAGUACUUUGUCUUCACGGGGGUGUUGGCCAUGGUGACCUGUGCAGUUUUUCUCCGGCUGAACUCUGUCUUGAAGCUGGCUGUGCUGCUGAUUAUGAUCGCCAUCUAUGCCCUGCUGACGGAAACCAUCUAUGCGGGUCUCUUUCUGAGUUACGACAACCUGAACCACAGUGGAGAAGAUUUCCUGGGGACCAAGGAGGCGUCACUGCUACUGAUGGCCAUGUUCCUCCUUGCUGUGUUCUACCAUGGACAGCAGCUGGAAUACACAGCCCGCCUGGAUUUCCUGUGGCGAGUACAGGCCAAAGAGGAGAUCAACGAGAUGAAGGAGCUGAGGGAACACAAUGAAAACAUGCUGCGCAAUAUCUUACCCAGCCAUGUGGCCCGUCACUUCCUGGAGAAAGACAGAGACAAUGAGGAGCUAUAUUCACAAUCCUAUGAUGCUGUUGGGGUGAUGUUUGCUUCCAUUCCCGGAUUUGCAGACUUUUACUCUCAGACAGAAAUGAACAACCAGGGAGUGGAAUGUCUGCGCUUGCUGAAUGAGAUCAUCGCUGACUUUGAUGAGCUGCUUGGGGAGGACCGGUUUCAAGACAUAGAGAAGAUCAAGACCAUUGGCAGCACAUACAUGGCCGUCUCAGGACUGUCACCAGAGAAACAGCAAUGUGAUGAUAAAUGGGGGCACCUGUGUGCCCUGGCUGACUUCUCUCUUGCCCUGGCCGAAAGCAUACAGGAGAUCAACAAGCAUUCGUUCAACAACUUUGAACUCCGAAUUGGCAUCAGCCAUGGCUCAGUGGUAGCAGGUGUGAUUGGCGCUAAGAAACCACAGUAUGACAUUUGGGGUAAAACUGUGAACUUAGCAAGUCGAAUGGACAGCACGGGGGUGAGUGGCCGGAUCCAAGUUCCAGAGGAGACUUAUCUUAUCCUGAAGGACCAGGGCUUUGCCUUUGAUUAUCGAGGAGAGAUCUAUGUGAAGGGCAUCAGUGAGCAAGAAGGAAAAAUCAAAACGUACUUUCUCCUCGGAAGAGUCCAACCCAACCCAUUCAUCUUGCCCCCAAGAAGACUGCCCGGGCAAUACUCUCUGGCUGCAGUUGUCCUUGGUCUUGUCCAGUCUCUCAACCGGCAAAGGCAGAAGCAACUACUCAAUGACAACAGCAACACAGGCAUCAUCAAAGGCCAUUACAACCGGCGGACUUUGUUAACACCCAGUGGGCCGGAGCCUGGAGCACAAGCUGAAGGCACCGACAAAUCUGAUUUGCCAUAA